AUGGCACGAGCAACAGAAGUCCAGCAUUACCAGAUAGACGAAACAUGUACUCCGGGUACGGUGCAUCUUGUCGACUUAGAACACCGCUUAGCCACACGACAUGCGAGCGACCAAGUCGAAAUUGUCUUGGUGCCCGCACCCUCCCCAGACCCCGAAGAUCCGCUGAAUUGGAGCUCAAAGCGCAAAUACCUUGCCUUGGCUUGUGCAUUGCUGUAUACAUGGUUCAAUGGAAUAGCCCUCUCAGUUGUUUACUCAGUCUUGGUGCCUCUUUCUGUAGCUCUCCACGUCGAGAUUUCGGAUCUCAAUGCUGGCACGGGCUAUAUGUUCCUUCUCCUAGGCUGGGGCCUGUUGUUCUGGCAGCCUUUUGCUCUACAGUACGGAAAGAGAUUCACAUACCUGGUCUCCUUGUUGGCGCUCAUGGCCGUAACGCUGUGGAGCCCGUAUGCCCAAGGUAACAGCCAAUGGAUCGCGAAAAGCAUAUUGACAGGUUUUUUCGCCGCCCCAAUCGAGGCACUUCCCGAGACUACCAUAGCAGAUCUGUUUUUCGCUCACGAGAGAGCAACAUACAUGGGCUGGUAUGCCUUUAGUCUAGCGGGCAGUAACUUUUUUGCGCCUGUUAUAUGUGGAUUUAUCAACGACGGGUUGGGCUACAAGUGGGUUUUCUACCUCCCAUCUAUCUUUAUUGCCUUUACCUGGGUUUUCCUGUAUUUUUUCUUGGAAGAAACAAAUUAUGAUAGGGAAAUGGUUGAGGAUGUUGCGCCUGGGAUAGAUCCUCUCAAUGGAACAGCCAACGACGCAAACGAGGAAGCGAAACCAACAGGAGCCGAGCAUUUCACCAUUCACCAUCCUGGAUCGCAGCACAAGUCAAUCUGGCAGAGGAUGGCACUUUUCGACAAGCCGCGGCCAUUCAUGAUGCACCAUCGUGCUUGGCAAUCUCUGAAACUGAUUUCUUGGCCGGUAGUAUUCUAUUCGGGAUUCAGCUAUGGGACCUACCUCAUCUAUUUCAACAUCCUCAACGCCACUAGUUCGAUCAUUCUAGGAGGCGAGCCUUACAACUUUAGCCCCGCCAUGGUUGGAUUAAGCUAUAUCUCAUGCGUGAUUGGAGUUACCGCAGCAUCUGUUUUCACGGGAGUCCUCUCAGAUCGCUGGAUUAUUCGAAUGGCCCGCAAAAACAAUGGCAUCUCUGAACCUGAGCAUCGACUAUGGCUUUUUGCAGUUUCAACGUUGGUAAUACCUUCGUCACUAAUCUUGUGGGGAGUUGGUGCAGCACACCACAUCCAUUGGUUUGGACUUAUCUUUGCAAUGGGCACAACAUCUUUUGCGAAUACAAUGGGUGUCACGCUAUCAGUUUCAUAUCUCAUCGAUACAUAUCGCGACAUCUCCGGUGAUGCGUUAACGACUUGUAUCAUAAUUCGGAAUACAAUGAGCUUUGCGAUUGGAUAUGGGAUCACGCCGUGGCUCACGAAUCUGGGAUACCAAAAUUGUUUUUUGAGCGCCGCGCUUGUUGGACUGGCAAUUUGCAGCGUCUUUCUCAUCAUGAUCAAGUGGGGCAAGACAUUCAGAGAGAUGAAACGAGUACAAUACUGGGCGGAGAUACGGAAACGAGUCAAGCUUGGGUUUGUUCACUGA